CGUAUCGGAGGGUCUGGUCUAAUCUAAUCUCGGGCAGGAUAGAAUCAACAGCUAUGCCAACCACGAAAGACGUUAUGCACGAAAUGGGUACAUCCUUUGUUCAGCGCCAGCAGCUGAGUGCUGCCAUGGCUGACACUUUCCUGGAGCACUUGUGUCUGCUAGAUAUUGACUCCGAAGCAACAAUUGCACGCAACACUGGCAUUGUAUGUACCAUUGGACCUGCUUCCAGAUCUGUGGGAAUGCUGAAGGAGAUGAUAAAAGCUGGGAUGAAUGUGGCACGGAUGAAUUUCUCACAUGGAACACAUGAGUACCAUGCAGAGACCAUCAAGAAUGUCCGUGAAGCUACAGAGAGUUUUGCUGGGAAUCCCAUCAGUUACAGACCAAUUGCUGUUGCUCUGGACACAAAAGGACCUGAAAUCCGCACUGGACUUAUUAAAGGAAGUGGCACGGCUGAGGUUGAACUGAAAAAAGGAGCUAAGCUUAAAAUCACUUUGGAUGAUGCAUACAAAGAAAAAUGUGAUGAAAAUACCUUGUGGUUAGAUUACAAGAAUCUGACUAAAGUGGUUGAAAAGGGUAGCAAAAUCUACGUGGACGAUGGUUUGAUUGCUCUCCGCGUGCUGGACAAAGGAGCAGACUAUUGUGACACUGAGAUUGAGAAUGGAGGUUUCCUGGGUAGUAAGAAAGGUGUAAACUUGCCUGGAGCAGCUGUUGACCUUCCAGCAGUGUCUGAGAAAGAUAUCUCUGAUUUGAAAUUUGGCGUGGAGCAGGGUGUAGACAUGGUAUUUGCCUCAUUCAUACGCAAGGCUUCUGAUGUCCAUGCUGUCCGGGAAGUGCUGGGUGAAAAAGGAAAGCACAUCAAAAUUAUUAGCAAAAUUGAGAACCAUGAGGGAGUUCGUCGAUUUGAUGAGGUUCUGGAAGCUAGUGAUGGUAUUAUGGUUGCUCGUGGUGACCUGGGUAUUGAAAUUCCCGGCGAGAAAGUUUUUCUUGCUCAGAAGAUGAUGAUUGGGCGCUGUAACAAAGCUGGCAAACCUGUCAUCUGUGCUACUCAGAUGUUGGAAAGCAUGAUCAAGAAACCCAGACCCACUCGAGCUGAGGGCAGUGAUGUAGCUAAUGCUGUAUUAGAUGGUGCAGACUGUAUCAUGCUGUCUGGAGAGACUGCAAAAGGAGAUUACCCUCUUGAGGCUGUAAAAAUGCAGCAUCUGAUUGCUCGUGAGGCUGAGGCUGCCAUGUACCACAGGCAGCUAUUUGAAGAGCUGCGUCGCCUAGCACCCCUCUCCCGAGAUCCAUCAGAAGUAACAGCCAUUGGUGCCGUGGAGGCCUCUUUCAAGUGCUGUGCUGCAGCUGUGAUAGUGCUGACUAAGUCUGGAAGGUAGGACUGAUUCCAUUGCUCCCU